CUGAGAACGGCUCUCUCUGGCUUAACAGAAGGUGGCUGCUAUGCCCACGUUAUGCUGUAGGACUGUUGCGUCUCGCUAAGGAUUCGCUAACCAGAACUGUGUUUUGAAUUUGGGCCAGCAAUUGGUAACAGCAUCCAGUUGGAGUUCAGCAUCGAAAGACUCACUUUUUACAUCCGCUGGUGUGUGGUUUUGAGUAGUGCUGCCACCUUUAUGGGAUCUAGUUUUGUUCCUGCUUGCAUCAUCAUAAAAGUCCUCUCCUUCUGUGGGAUUAGCAUUAGCAUGUGGCUUUAGGCAAAGCGAGACCUAGCGUCGCGUUCAACUUUUUAAAAGGAUUUCUUUGCCAAAUAUUUUCAGGAGCACUUUCUGUACCUUCAUUCAUUUGUCUCCAAGCUUGUCGAGAACAGAAUCGCCUGUCCAUUUUUGAACGAAACCAGAGGCGGCUAAUUUCAUAAUUAUUCUGCUUUGAAGGCCCAUCACCAGAAGCGGAGAUGCUGAACCAGGGGGCUGUGAUGAUCUUCACAGGGAUCUGUGGGGCGUUAGUGGUCAUGGCAGUGGCCUACUACACCUACUGGUCGGUGGUACUAAGUGAAGGGCCGUGUAAAAGAGGAUUGUAGAGACAAACCCGCUGUGCAGUGUGUGUGUGUGUGUGUGUGUGUGUGUGUGUGUGUGUGUGUGUGUGGGUGUGUGGUGUGUGUGUGUGGAAGGGGCUCUCAGUCAUGGGUGUGGUGGCGUGGCUGAAGAGCCUGUUCAUACUGCAGCUCUUGAUUGGUUUUGUGUUUGUGGUGAGCGGUCUCAUUCUCAACUUCACCCAGCUGUGUACCUGUGUGCUGUGGCCCAUCAACAAACAGCUGUACCGCAAGAUCAACACCAGACUCGCCUACUCGCUAUGGAGCCAGUUGGUGAUGCUUUUAGAGUGGUGGUCUGGCACAGAGUGCACACUCUACACUGAACAGGCCACGGUGGAUAAGUUUGGUAAAGAGCACGUCGUCAUCAUCCUCAAUCACAACUAUGAGAUCGACUUCCUGUGUGGCUGGACCAUGUGUGAGAGAUACGGCAUACUGGGGAGUUCUAAGGUUCUGGCAAAACACGAACUGCUGAAAGUUCCUCUGAUCGGCUGGACGUGGUACUUCUUGGAAAUAGUUUUCUGUACGCGGAAGUGGGAGGAGGACAGAGAAACUGUGUUCAGUGGGCUGAACUGUCUCCGAGAUUACCCAGAAUGCAUGUGGUUCCUGCUGUACUGUGAAGGAACAAGAUUUACGGAAAAGAAACAUCAGAUAAGCAUGCAAGUGGCUGAGAGUAAGGGCCUUCCAAAACUGAAGUACCACCUGCUGCCCCGCACCAAAGGAUUCACCACUACACUGCAAUGCCUCAAGGGAACAGAAUUCGCAUGUCCCCAGAAUACUCUUGACAUGUUGCCAUAA